CGUAGCUCGUAGCACACGCUACGUCGCACUCCGGCCGCCCGAAUUACAAUUUUGUUGAAUUAAAAUUACGCAUUAUUACAUGUAAUAAGUGUGUAAUACUAUUGUGUGUUUGUGUGUACAAAUAUAACCGUACAGAUAGUGAUGUGAUUGUGAACUAGUGUUGUGUGUGUGCGGAUGAAAUCUUUUGAGAUGUUGUACCAAUCAAAAUCGACUCGUAAAUUGUUGUUGAUAAGUUCGUAAAUCGUUAGUCAAAUGAUGUCGAUUGUGUGUGAUAGUGAUGUGAUGAGCUGAUGUGAUAGUGUCCACCAUGCUGCCGGCGCUGUGUCGGUUGCUGGUCACGGCGGCUGCUCUCGGCGCCACUCUCAUGGCUAUGGCGGCUAAAAAUGUGCCGAUGACGCAAGUGGUGGCCGUGGCCGGCGAGCCUGUCUACCUGCCGUGCGACAUCGCGACACAGGAUGAAGAUGACGCCGUCUUACUAGUACUGUGGUAUCGAGAGGAUCUUGGUACCCCUAUUUAUAGUGUCGACGCCCGAGAACGAGACUUCGGUGUCGCAGAGCGCUGGUCAGAUGAGAGUGUGUUCGCGUCCAGAGCAUACUUCCUCCCCGAGAGAAGACCAGCGGAGCUGGGAGUAGACCGAGUGAAGGCUUCAGAUCAAGGAGUCUACCGGUGUAGAGUGGACUUCAAACAAGCCCAGACUCGGAAUUCCAGAGUCAAUUUGACGGUUAUAGUACCGCCAAAUAAGAUGGUGAUCACGGACGACAAGGGCGACGUGAAACAAGCCAUUGUCGGCCCGUACAUCGAAGGGGAUACCUUCACGUUGAAGUGUGACGUCAGUGGAGGUCGUCCAAGACCCUGGAUCAAAUGGUUCCGGGACGAGGUAGAGACAGAUACUCCCGCGACCCCACUCUCCGGGAACGGGGUCCGAGGGGUCCUCCACGUGGGACCACUCACGCGAGCUGACGUGCGAGCUGCAUUCACUUGCAGAGCCUCAAAUCAUCCUCGAGCACACCCUAUAGAAACCACUCUUACUUUGGAUAUGAAUUUUCCACCCCUAACAGUGCACAUUCUCGGGUCCAAUCAACCUUUAUCAGCCAGUAGAAGAUACGACCUCCUGUGUCAGAGCUCAGGGUCCAGACCACCAGCCUCCAUCACUUGGUGGAAGAACGGGCACAGGAUAAACAAUGCUAAGGAAACGCUUUCAACAGACGGCAACACAACUACGUCAACGGUAUCGCUGCAGCUGACCAAGUCUGAUGCAGGAGCCAAGCUCGCGUGCAGAGCAUCCAACCCUCAGAUGCCGUUGGUACCAGCUCUAGAAGAUGACUGGACGUUGGAUAUACAGUAUGUCCCAGAAACAGUAGUCAGGUUGGGAACGAACCUGGAUCCUUCGAAUAUCAGAGAAGGCACCGAUGUCUACUUCGACUGCAUCAUCAGAGCACAUCCGUACGUUUACAAAGUCGAAUGGAGGCAUAAUGGUAAAACACUUCUCCACAACGUGGGCCAAGGCGUCAUCAUCAGCAACCAGUCGCUGGUGCUCCAGGGUGUGGGCAGAAGGACGGCUGGCAACUACACCUGUGUGGGGUUCAAUGCUGAAGGCGACGGAGAGAGCAAACCUUUCACUUUAAACGUUUUAUACGCACCAACUUGCCGGAGUUCACAGCAGCGAGUGCACGGAGUAGCGAAACAGGAGCGGGCACACAUCACGUGCCAUGUGGACGCCAACCCACCUGAAGUAGUGUUCCGAUGGACCUUCAACAAUACAGCGAACAGCAACGAGGUCAGUGACACGUACGUCUCCAGAGCUGGUACCAGUUCCACCGUCACCUACACUCCUCACACGGAGAUGGACUAUGGAACUCUUCUCUGCUGGGCACACAACAGGAUUGGAAAGCAAAGGGUGCCUUGCGUCUAUCACAUCAUUGCCGCUGGUCGUCCCGACCAAGUCCACAACUGCACAGUAGUGAACGCAUCGCUAACAUCGUUCGGGGUUCGAUGUUCUGAAGGUUUCAACGGUGGCAUGCCACAGUCUUUUCUUCUAGAAGUACGAGAGAUUGUAACACAGGAGAUUGUAGCCAACGUAUCAAGUGCGGUGCCUCGCUUCACGGCGGUCGGUCUAUCACCAGGUCGAACAUACGCUGCAGCUGUUCUGGCAUAUAAUGCCAAGGGCAGAGGAGAUCCUUAUCCUUUGAGGGCCAGCACCUUGAGGCCACCAGAGAAACACCAUGUUCAUGAUAAGAGUUUAGACCUACCAAGAACAGCCUUCCAAAUGUCGGGAGCGAUGUCAGUGGCAGUCGGUGGUGGUAUCAUCCUGACGGUGGUGCUGAUACUCUUCAUGAUAGCCAUGAGACAACGCUGUGCUAAACGGAAGCCAAGGUCUGCUCCUCCACCCUCAUCACAACCAGCCAGUCCAGACAAACUGAGGGAGAAGGAAGACAGUGAGAGUGAUGAUAGGAAUCCAGAUAUAAUACCGUCGGAUACUGAUCAGAUGCAGAUGGACUACUACCGUCAACAACAAGUCUCAACAAUCUCCCCUCCACCGGGGGUGCGGGGCGGGGCGCGCGGCAGUGUGGCGGGCGUGCGCGGCGGCCUGCCGGCGUACGCGGCGUUACGUACUGCGCCGCCGCCUGCGCAUCCCAUGCAUGACCCACAGCAGAUGGAAGAAGGAUAUUCUUAUGGUGUUCUGUUCGUUCAGAACCCGUCGUCAGGCAUACCGCCACCGGCGCGGUUUGCGUCGGGCUCCUGCACGUUGCCACGGGGCUCAUCAUUGGGCCCAUCGGGAGGUAUUCCUCUACAGCACCUACGGACUCUACCGCGGCCGACGGGGCCCGCGGGACCUCCGGGCCCCACGCCGGGCCCCGUGGCCCCCGCGGCCGCGCCCCGCCUACCCCCCCGCGACACCCCGCUCUGACAGACCACACAACUAUAGGACAUGUAAAUACGACUGUGUUAUUCAAGUGCUCAAAACUUUUUUUAAAUCGAGUGAUUAGUGUUUUCGUUGUGGGUAUCUAGUACUUGGCUGUAGUGCUGUUUGUGAUUUACAUUCUUAUAAAAACACAGUUAUCAUUUUAACUCUAUACAUAUUGCAUGCCUAGUUCAUUCGUUGUUCCUUGCGUGCUUUUGAUAUUGACCACGACUUGUAUCGAUAGAAGGGUUUAUUUCCACAAAAACACUUAAAUUAUUCAUCAAAAUUGGUUCAAAAGCAAAACGUAGAACACCCACGUCUACCACAGAUAGGGUCCAGUAGUGAUGGUGCCUGUGGACUACCUAGCGGGUUUACUGGGGCUCCGGCUCGAUAAUCAGGAGU